AAGUUGCACCAGAAAAGAGAUCUGCGCUCACUGCUGCCGUCAUCAGGACCACCACCAUCCUCUUUAGAGACCCUUCAAUCCAUCCAUUCAUAAGACGCAGGACCAUUCUCUCUCUCUCUCUCCAGGAUAUAGAACUCAAACGCACUCUGGUACGAGUCUUCUCUUCGGUCGACACCGCGUCCGGAGAGCAAGCCAGGAGAUGUGCAUCGGCAGGUCUUUUCCCGAAUUGGAGGAGCUCGAAGUCAGAGGAGACGGCGGGCUGGUCAUUUAGCGAUCUAGUCGUCCGAGUUUAGAUGAUGAGGAUCAGUGUGGACCGGCUGAACUUUUGGGAGUCACGUAGUUCUCAGCGUCGUUCACUUCUGGGCUAGCUAGCUAUCUCGCAAUUCCACGAUGCAUGGAGAUUGAGGAGUACAUGGAUUUUUAGAUUUCUCUGGAGGUGGACACCAUGCAUUCUCGGUGCGAGGCAGUAGACGCGUAGAUCAGGUGGGGAGUAUGGCGGUGUGAGUUUGUGUGGAGGCGUUCGGAGGUCAGGGCAAAUUGUCGUAAGGAAUUUUCUGACAAAUUUUGCCGAGAAGAAGCAGAAGACGACGACCGUAUGCAGCUUGGUUUUUGUGUAGGACGAGAGCUGAGGGAGGGAGCGCUCGGUGAGACGGAGGGAAGUGGCUGCGAGUAGGAAGCAUAGGAAUGCUUGCGCUCGGAAAGUUCUGGAGGAGGAGCUUCAGCAUGUUGGGACCGAGGCAGUGGUGUAGAACUGGCAUGAUUUGAAGGCAGGGAAAUGCAGGUUACGCGAGUUUCGCUUGCAGGUUGCACUGUCUGGCGUACAGGAAACCACAUGUUUACUCCCCAAGUCGCUGUACUUAAUCGUGGAGUAUUUUGGUUUGAUUACUUAGAAAGAUGACCCCUGAGCUUAACAAGGAGGAAGGCGUCUUGGCUAUACAUAAAAGCUACCGGUGAGUAGCGUCUGAAGACCCCCUCUGCUUGUUCAGUCUGAUCUCGGAGCGAAAUUCUUCUGUCACUUGUCAAGAACGACCGACUGCCAUCCGCAUUACUCGGAAAAUAUCCAGAACUUCCAGGCAAUUGGUAGCGCACAUUCUCUGUGGGCUUAGGGUGGUCGCUCACUGAGGGUCAGAUGACGGACUGUGACAGCAUUGGGUCCUUUGGGGCAUUGGUAGCUUCAGGUACAGAGGUAUGAAAGAAGUUGAACAGUAGUGGACAUAUCAUGGACGGACAGGACGAUGAGAUUUGAGGAUCAGGAGGUUGCUAGCAGGUAGGAAUAUAAGGAGACAGGAGCGCAAAGGAGAUGUCAGCGACAGUGACUCCAGCCCCUUAUGAGCGUCCGCGGGGGCAUGGAUCAAAUCUGGUUUUCAAAAGCGGCCCACUUUUUAUAUCGUCCAAAGACGCCUUCAUUUGAUGUCAUAAAGUCCUAUGUGACUCCAGAUCACUGAGUUGAAGGAAAUCAACUUUCCUUAAGAUACCUUUUCUUUCGGCUUUUCAGCUCGGUGGUUUUCUAUGAUUACAUCAAUGAGGUUCUUCGCGAAACUGGCCAGGACAUUCAUUAUGCUUUCAGGAUCACUCAUAAAGAAAAACAGAAGAUAGUUGCUUGAUUAAUAAUUCGCAAUUCCACGAUGCAUGGAGAUUGAGAAGUACAUGGAGAAUUGAGUUUUAUAUUUAUCUGGAGGUGGACACCAUGCACUUACUCAGAAGAUCUACAGGUCGGGCAUCGGUCGUUUCCUCUCCUGAUCUGCCCGCUCUCCGCGAACGCUUCAGUAUGCUGGUGAUUCUGGUGCUAUAUUGCCUCCAGCUCGGUGCUUGCGCCGUUGGUCAGGAGGAUACCACCUUCGGCGAAAUAAGCAGAAUCGAGACUCUUGAUGAGACUCUCCAGGAUCCAGAUUUCGAUGUAUGUGCAGAAUCGGCCGGGAAAAAGCAUGGCAGCAUCAACAUCAAGAGUGGACUUCCUCUGGCUUCCUCCGUCGAAGCGCAUAUGGGCCAGAAACAAGCACACGGCGGUCCCAGGAGCCAGCGAGAGCUGCAGCAGUUUAGACUUCAGGACCAAACCGUCGACACUUCAUUAACGACUUGUCAUGAGCCUCACCAUCGUUCUCUGGAGGAAUCUACACACUCCCGAAGAACAUCUCGCACUUUGCUCCAAGACAGCUUCGGGGAGGCCGAUGCGCUCCUGCAAUUCAAGGCCGAAAUCAAAAUGAACACGAACAACGCUUUGGAUGGAUGGACAACGGGCAAUCGCUCCACCUACUGCUCGUGGACGAGGGUCAUCUGCGACGAUGAGCUGCACGUGAUCUCCCUCAACUUCUCCGGGCUGAAAUUGAACGGCACUUUGGGUCCUUCGUUGGGCAAGCUCGAAUACCUCGAGCACCUCGAUCUGAGCCACAAUUUCCUGUUGAGCGAACUUCCCGUGGAAUGGGGCCAGCUGCAGAGGCUGCAGACCUUGGACGUCCACGACAACUUUCUCUUCGGUGGAGUUCCUGCAGAGUACGGCAACAUGUCAAGGUUACGAGUUCUCAACAUCAGAGUGCAGGGCUUGUUCUUCAAUGGAUCCAUUCCGGAUGAGCUGGGUCUGCUCUCUGAGCUCGAGGUUCUGGACCUGGGGUCGAACAAGAUGAGAGGCCCCAUUCCCAAGUCCAUCGCCAACUGCACGAAACUGCGACACUUGGAUUUCAGCCGCAACAACAAUCUGACGGGUCCCAUUCCGAGAGAGUACGGCCAGCUCGUCAAUCUGGAGUAUCUGGAUUUCCAGCGGAAUUUAUUCACAGGCUCCAUCCCAUCCGAGCUGGGCAACCUUACCAAGAUAUUGUUCCUGGACUUGGGAAACAACGCCCUGGAGGGAGAGUUCCCCAUGGAGCUGGCGUCGCUGUCGGAGCUCGAUUGGCUGAACGUGGGGACCAACUUCCUGAAUGGGAGUUUUCUAACAGUGGAAUCCACUUCAUGGAGUCGGCUCGAAAAGCUCUUCAUCGACGGGAACAAAUUUCGUGGCGGCUUCCCCAGAGCUGUGUUAGCCAUGACGGCGCUGAAGAGGUUCUACAUGUUCAACAACGAGUUCAACGGCAGCCUGCCCGAGACCUUGGGGCAGCUGGUCAACCUCCAAGAGUUCAGCUUCCGCAGCAAUCAACUGGACGGGAAAUUGCCCGACAGCCUCAACAACUGCACGCAGCUCACUAUGCUGGACGCGUCGAGCAACAGGCUCACGGGCAUGCUGGAAUGGGGCCGGCUGCAGAGGCUGCAGACCUUGAACCUCCACAAUAACUUUCUCGAUGGGUUCAUUCCGGAGGAGCUGGGUCUGCUCUCUGAGCUCGAGGUUCUGGACUUGGGGUUGAACAAGAUGAUGGGUUCCAUUCCCAAGUCCAUCGCCAACUGCACGAAACUGCGACACUUGGAUUUCAGCCGCAACAGCUUUCUGACAGGUUCCAUUCCGAGAGAGUACGGCCAGCUCGUCAAUCUGGAGUAUCUGGAUUUCCAGGGGAAUUUAUUCACAGGCUCCAUCCCAUCCGAGCUGGGCAACCUUACCAAGAUACUGUUCCUGGACUUGGGAGGCAAUGCCCUGGAGGGAGAGUUCCCCGUGGAGCUGGCGUCGCUGUCGGAGCUCAAUUGGCUGAACGUGGGGACCAACUUCCUGAAUGGUAGUUUUCUGACAGUGGAAUCCACUUCAUGGAGUCGGCUCGAAAAGCUCUUCAUCGACGGAAACAAAUUCCGUGGCGGCUUCCCCAGAGCUGUGUUAGCCGUGACGACGCUGAAGAGUUUCUACAUGUUCAACAACGAGUUCAACGGUAGCCUGCCUGAGAACUUGGGGCAACUGGUCAACCUCCAAGAGUUCAGCUUCCGCAGCAAUCAACUGGACGGGAAAUUGCCCGACAGCCUCAACAACUGCACCCAGCUCACUAUGCUGGACGCGUCGAGCAACAGGCUCACGGGCAUGCUGGAAUGGGGCCGGCUGCAGAGGCUGCAGACCUUGAACCUCCACAACAACUUUCUCCAUGGGUCCAUUCCGAAGAAGCUGGGUCUGCUCUCUGAGCUCGAGGUUCUGGACCUGGGGUCGAACAAGAUGAUAGGCUCCAUUCCCAAGUCCAUCGCCAAUUGCACGAAGCUGCGGUACUUGGAUUUCAGCCGCAACAACUUUCUGACGGGUUCCAUUCCGAGAGAGUACGGCCAGCUCGUCAAUCUAGAGUAUCUGAACUUCCUUACCAAUUAUUUAACAGGCUCCAUCCCAUCGGAGCUCGGUAACCUGACGAAGAUCAAGUCCUUGGACUUGGGAAUGAAUGCCUUGGAGGGAGAGUUUCCCGUGGAGCUGGCGUCGCUGUCGGAGCUAAAUUGCCUGAACUUGGGGACCAACUUCCUGAAUGGUAGUUUUCUGACAGUGGAAUCCACUUCAUGGAGUCAGCUCGAAAGACUCUUCAUUGACGGGAACAACUUUCGUGGCGGCUUUCCCAGAGCUGUGACGGCCAUGACGGCGCUGAAGAGGUUCUACAUGUUCAACAACGAGUUCACCGGCAGCCUGCCUGAGAACCUGGGGCAGAUGGCCAACCUCCGAGAGUUCAGCUUCCGCAGCAACCAGCUGGACGGAGAAUUGCCCGACAGCCUCAACAACUGCACGCAGCUCACUAUGCUGGACGCAGGGAGCAACAAGCUCACGGGCACGCUCGACCCGCUCAGAAACCUGUCGCUGCUCUUGCACAUAAACCUCGGCAGUAGCUACAGGUCGAAGACCAUCACGUAUGAGAACCUCCGAGGCCACAUAUCGGAUCUCUUCUUCAAUUCCUUCACGGGCACCCUCACUGACGACCUCAUCCUCCAGUGGCCGAUGCUGCAGCGCCUGUAUCUCGACACCAAUGCCUUCACCGGCCCUAUCCCCAAAGCGCUAGGCAAUCUGUCCCACCUCAAGGACUUGCUCCUGAACGACAACGACUUUCGAGGCUCCAUUCCCGCCGAGCUCGGCAAGCUGUCGAACUUGACGAUCCUCUUCCUGCAGAACAACAAGCUGUCUGGGCCCAUACCCACGAGCUUGGCCGACCUGAAGAGCAUCCAACAGAUCAAUCUGAGCAACAAUUCUCUGACAGGAGGGAUUCCCCCGGAGUUCGGAGGUCUGGUGAAUUUGAUGUACUUGCGCCUGCAUGUCAACGCGCUGACGGGCCGAAUUCCUCCAGAGCUGGGGCAACUGCAGAAUAUGGUGUAUCUCAUCCUCAACAGCAACAACCUCACGGGAACCAUUCCCGCGUCUCUGGCGAACUGCAGCUCCCUGAGAAACAUCAGGCUGAGCAACAACAAGCUCACGGGCACGGUGACUCAGAUUCACUUCUUGCAGCUGCGAUCCCUCGAGAGCUUCUCUGUCAACGGGAACCAGCUGGGCGGAGGGUUUCCCGUCAGCGUGUACAACUGCACGGAUCUGAAGCUCUUGGACUUGAGCAACAAUGGAUUCUCAGGGGAGCUCCCCGACAACUACGAGUACUCUCAGCCAGUGUUGCGAGAUUUGCGAGUUUUGGGUCUAUCAUCCAACAAAUUCGGCGGCAGCGUGCCCGGCUGGAUCUGGAAGCUUCCGGAGCUGCAAGUGCUCGACUUGUCGCACAACUCGUUCACGGGAGUGUGGCCGACCAAUCUCUCGGGCUUGGAAGGCUUUAGUCGCCUCGAAGCGACACCAGACGACGCCGGGGUAAGCAGCAGUGUCAACAACAACGAUAACCCCACGCAGGUCGAGGGGGAGGGGAGAAAAUUGUUCGAGCAAAUCUCCAUUCAGGCCAAAGGUCUGCGACUCGUGUACGAGUACGUCCUCGAGACUUUGAUCUCCAUUGACCUAUCAUACAACCAGCUCUCAGGGAGGCUCCCGUACGCGCUUGAAGCGCUGCGCGGGUUGACGUACUUGAAUCUGGCGCACAAUAAUUUCUCGGGCGAAAUCCCUCAGGUGUUCGGAAAUCUGUUGCUUUUGCAGUCGCUGGAUUUGUCGGCCAACAAUCUCACGGGGAAGAUUCCUGCGGUGCUGACGAGGCCCAGCUUUGGCUAUCUGAACCUCUCCUACAACUUCCUCGAGGGCGAGAUCCCCACGGGGAAUGCUUUCUCCACGAGGUACGACAUUUCGUCCUUCAAGCCCGGGAACGAUCAGCUCUGCGGGGCUCCGCUCGAGACCACUUGUGUGGCGCAAGACAGCAACGCAAGCGGAAGCUCGGCCACACUCGGGGCUCCGUCGUCCGAGCUCCUGGAUGGAACAUUCUGGCUGGCCUUCGGGAUCGGAACGGCGAUCGGGGUCGUGAUUGUGUUGGGAACGCUGAGCACAAUCCCCUUCACACGACACUGGCUGCUGCAUCCGCAGGAUUCCGCUCGCCGUUUCCAAGACGGUAGAUACGGAGUGUUCAACGAACCGACAUAGACCGAAUCAUUCAGCAGCUGACUGCUCGCUUUGCAUCCAGCUGGACCCCGGGGUCCAGCCGGGGCUUACGAGACUUCAUGCUAGAAAACCCCGACCGUAUGCCCAUCUGACCGUGAAGAACUCACCCGCCGAUCGCGCACACUCUAGAAGCCGUCGGAUGGUAUACGGUCGGGGUUGUUCUAGUCCGCCAUACACAUGUGCUACUGCUGCUGGGCCUCUAGGUAGCACAGCGUUGUCUGCACGGAGUUAUUCCAAUUGGACUGUGUAAAGUAGAGCCCUCGGAAGGCCAGAUUCCACGCCGAUUCAUGAUUCUAGGAUUUCAUACUCCCCUCGGAAGAUUUUGUCUCCACGUUGGAGAAGAGUCAAUGUAAUAUACAAACUCGGAGCUUUGACUAGAUGCCACGUUCCGUUUGUUUGAGAUAUCCCCUGUAAAUACAUUUA